AAUUUCAUUUUCCACCGACGAGAAAAGCUUCUCCAGAGAUCUGUCUUUAUUGGUUUAUUAUUAUAUAAUGUAAACUCUUUGUUGAUAAAGAAGCUUUAUCAGUAGCCAAACAAGGCGUACAGAGACGCAGAUAGAUAGAGGGAGAAAGGGAAGAAGGAGGAUGACGAGGUUAUACUAUAGAUGGAGAAGGAGAAGAGUACCGAUACACUCAUUCAUAAUAGCGGUUGCAGUAUUUUCGGGCAUUGGAUUAUUAUUACUUACGCUUAGAUCCGUUGAUCCUCCUGCAAACGACACCGUUUUUCUUCGGCCGAAGGAGCUCCAGCUGCAGCUAGACGACGACGACGAGAUUAACGUAGGUGUUGUUGAUGUUGAUUUAAGCGGCAGCGUUUCGAUAGAAAGGAACAAGGAAAACGUAAAUUCUUCUUCAAAAACAUGCGCUACGGUUGAAGAAAUGGGAGAGAGUUUCAAAGGAGGUGAUGUCUGGAAGCAGAGUCUGCGUGUCAGAACAAUUAUCCACCAUCACUUCCUUGUUAACGGGGCUUCUAGAGUCCGAGAUCUUCCUCCAGAUCAGUUCUGCAGACAUGGUUUUGUUUUGGGGAAAGCAUCAGAAGCAGGCUUUGGAAAUGAGAUGUACAAGAUCUUGAAUGCUGCAGCUUUGAGUAUAAUGUUGAACCGGUCCCUGAUCAUUGGCCAGACCAGGGGUAAGUAUCCUUUUGGAGAUUUUAUUUCUUAUUCCAAUGAUUCAUUCACCUUGAAUGAAGUCAAGCAUCUAUGGCGACGAAAUGGCUGCCUAAAGACGUAUGGAAGGCAUCUGGUUAUGAGGAUUGAUGAUUUUGAGAAGCCAGCAAAAACUGAUGUCCUCUGUAGCAAUUGGGGGAAAUGGGAGCAACCUAUUAUAUGGUUUCAGAAUACAACAGAUGCUGUGGCCAGUCAAUUUUUCCUGAAGAAUGUGCAUCCAGAAAUGAGGGAUGCUGCUUCUAAUCUAUUCGGACAGCCAGACCUUCUCCAAUCUAGGCCUAAUGUUUUUGGGGAGCUGAUGAAAAUUCUUAUAUCCCCUUCCAAAGAUGUUGUAUCAGCAGUUAACUUGGUUCUUGGAGAUGGCGCAGAUCCUGAUAUAUCAUUGCACAUGCGGAUGCUUAUGAACAGGCCAGUACGAGCUACACGGGCUGCAAUUAACUGCGUCAACAAAGCCAUGCAAAAUCUACACCAAAUGCCAAGACCUAGGGUGGUUUUAGUAUCAGAUACCCCAUCAUUUGUAAACAGCAUUCUUCCAAACAUUAGUGAAUUUGCCGAGGUUCUUCAUUUUGAUUACAAACAUUUCCAAGGAAAUGUUUCUCGAAAUGUUAACUCAUCACACAGUUUAGAUUUUAGAGUGAAGGAUUGGGGCCCUGCACCCAGAUGGGUUGCAUUUGUGGACUUCUUUCUUGCAUCGCUUGCAAAACAUGCUGUUGUUUCUGGUGCUCACCGACGGGUUGGAACUACCUAUGCACAAUUAAUUGCAGCACUGGCCGCUGCAAACCACCUAAGGGAAAACUCUACUGGUUCGAGUUUUUCAUUCUUGAGCAGCUUCCAAAGUAAUUUGUUAACAGAUGGUUUAAGGUUGCAGAUUGGGUGGGGACAUGUUUGGAAUAGAUUUGCUGGUCCUUUGAGUUGUCAUAACCAGUCCGAUCAAUGUGCUUUCACACCACUUCUCCCCCCAGCUUGGUGGGAUGGUCUUUGGCAAUCCCCAAUUCCUCGGGACGUUCAUAGGCUAGCAGCAUUUGGCAUCAAACUAUCCGGGUUAGGAACAGUUGAUGAGGAUCAUCUUCGAUCUUUCUGCAAUUCAAAGAAAGGUACAGUAAAAACUAUUAUGGUAAUAUGAAAAUAAAUUCCUGGAGUUGCACUUUUCUCUACUGAGGAGAAAACUGAAUAGCAUUCAGGAGAAAAUCAAGAUGACUGAACAUCCUGGGACACCAGGGAGAGAAUACAGAGACCUCAAGACGAUUGAUGUGCUCGACAUUGAGAAGAAAGUGAUUAAAAGAUAACUAAGAUCAAAUAUUUUUGCAUUUCAGUUCUGGAAUUUGUCAUUAGUAUAACAUCGAUAUUCGAUUAUUGUAACAUACUAUAGAAUUUUGUAAUAUUUUUGUUUCGCCUUC